GAAAUGACCCUGUUCCAGGUCCCGGGCUAGAGUGUUCUGGAGGCCCACUUCAGACCGGGUACUUCCUUUGCUGACUUCAUGGCGGCGCGGCCUGCGUCCGGAAUAGUGCGGCAGCUCCUGAGGUCCAAUGCCCGGGGUUGCAGCUCGGGGGCUCCUGUGACGCAGCCCCGCCCCGGGGAGCCCUCGAGACCUACCAGGGAGGGGCUGUCCCUGAGGCUCCAGUUCCUCCAGGAGCAUGCGGCUCCCUUCUCUGCCUUCCUCACGGACAGCUUUGGCCGGCAGCACAGUUACCUGCGGAUCUCUCUCACAGAGAAGUGCAACCUCCGAUGCCAGUAUUGCAUGCCCGAGGAGGGUGUGUCCCUGACCCCCAAAGCUGACCUACUGACCACAGAGGAGAUCCUGACCCUUGCCCGCCUCUUUGUGAAGGAAGGUGUGGACAAGAUCCGUCUCACUGGUGGGGAGCCUCUCAUCCGACCGGAUGUGGUGGACAUCGUGGCCAGACUUCAUGGGCUGGAAGGGCUGAGAACCAUCGGCCUCACCACCAACGGCAUCAACCUAGCCCGGCUGCUGCCCCGACUUCAGCAGGCAGGGCUCAAUGCUGUUAACGUCAGCCUGGACACUCUGGUUCCCGCCAAGUUUGAGUUCAUCGUCCGCAGAAAAGGCUUCCACAAGGUUAUGGAAGGUAUCCACAAAGCCAUCGAGCUGGGUUACAAGCCUGUGAAGGUGAACUGUGUGGUUAUGCGAGGCCUGAAUGAAGACGAGCUGCUGGACUUUGUGGCCCUGACAGAGGGCCUUCCCUUGGACGUGCGCUUCAUUGAGUACAUGCCGUUUGACGGCAACAAGUGGAACUUCAAGAAGAUGGUUAGCUACAAGGAGAUGCUGGACACCAUCCGACAGCGGUGGCCAGGGCUGGAGAAGCUGCCGGAGGAGGACUCGAGCACUGCCAAGGCCUUUAAGAUCCCUGGCUUCCAGGGUCAGAUCAGCUUCAUCACAUCCAUGUCAGAGCAUUUCUGUGGGACCUGCAACCGGUUGCGCAUCACAGCUGAUGGGAACCUCAAGGUCUGCCUCUUCGGGAACUCUGAGGUGUCACUGCGGGACCACCUGCGGGCGGGGGCCUCUGAGGAGGAGCUGCUGAGAAUCAUUGGGGCCGCAGUGGGUAGGAAGAAGCGGCAGCAUGCAGGCAUGUUCAAUAUUGCCCAGAUGAAGAACCGGCCCAUGAUCCUCAUCGGUGGGUGACCUAUCAGGGUACUUUUGAUGCUUCAAGAUUCCCCACCAGCUCGUUGGAGCAAUUUCUCCUGGGAUCCCCUCCGUGUUCGGAAUCCAAGUGCCAGACAGUGUCUCUCUGACCAGAUGGCAUCUUUGUGGAAGAGACACUGCAUCCCCACGGCCCUUCCUCUGUCUCAGCAGUGCCUAGGGUCUGGCUCCCCUCAGAGACACUACAGCUCCUAUCCAGACCCUGACACUCACUCAAAGUGCCUUAGCACAGGGUCCCAGGCCCCUGAUGCCCCCUCGGGUCCAGGGCCGACCUCAAAUCAGCUAACUCAUGUGGAUUCAGCAGGGCGGGCAUCUAUGGUAGAUGUGGGUGGGAAGCCGGAGACAGAGCGGGUGGCUGUGGCCUCUGCCAUGGUUCUUCUUGGACCCGUGGCCUUCAAGCUUGUCCAGCAGAACCAACUGAAGAAGGGCGAUGCUCUGGUGGUGGCCCAGCUGGCUGGAGUCCAGGCAGCCAAGCUAACCAGUCAGUUGAUCCCCCUCUGCCACCAUGUGGCCCUGAGCCAUGUGCAGGUGCACCUGGAGCUAGACAGCACACGCCACGCUGUGUUGAUCCAGGCAUCCUGCCGGGCCCGGGGUCCCACCGGGGUAGAGAUGGAGGCGCUGACCUCGGCUGCCAUGGCUGCCCUGACGGUGUAUGACAUGUGCAAGGCAGUCAGCAGGGACAUUGUGGUGACAGAGGUAAAGCUCAUUAGUAAGACUGGAGGGCAGCGGGGAGACUUCCAUCGGGCUUAGAGUGCCACACUCUCCAGUCAUGUCUCCCAAGGGGAUGCAAUUCAGGCUGAGGAAAAGAUGUCACAUUCCUCCAAAUCUAGUGAUUAGACCUAGGAUCACCCUGUCUCUUUACCACUAACCUAUGAGGUGUCGUCACCAGAAGACACCUGAGGCCUUGACACCUUCCAGGACUCUGGCAAUGGGAGUUUCGAUACUGGAUACCCAAAACACACACACACACACACACACACACACACACACAAACGUCAUAUUGCUCAGGUUGUUUCAGACAGACAGCUUUAUGCAGCCCUUCUCAUGUAGGGUCCUCUCUUCUCUUCCCCGGGGAGAGAAUAAGGGCUCAUUAAGCAGAGGAACCCGCUUUGAGGAAGGAAAAGCACAAACUCCCUAAGGAAUGUAUCACAGACCGCCGACCCCCACCCCCGUCUCCGGCCCUCUCUUCCGACAGGAUGCACACUUGUGGACCACAACCCUAAGGUCUUGUGCCAGCAUCUACCCACACCUGGUUCUGUUCACUGUGGUCUGCCCACACCUCUCUACUCUGGCAUGUGUCAGGGAAAGGGGCGUUGAAGGUGACCUUUACCCUCACAGCAUACCAAUAAACCACGGUGCCAGCUUUGGAGGUGA